AUGAGGAUCAGCAGCUCCACAGAUCAGAGGAACUUUGAAGCUGCGGUCAAGCUGAACGUGUUGGUGGACGGACAGCCGUGGGACGACGCUCCGGACCUACAAGACGAAGAGGAUCUGGAUCUGGAAAGCCUUCUGGACGACACCAUCCUGGAGACCACCAAGAGGCGGCGCCUCUACCCCAGAAGGAUCCUUCCUCAUGUGGUUCAGGCCCUGAAGGCCGAACGGAAAAUCCUGGGCUUUUAUAAAACCUCCAUCCAACCUGAAGACAUCCAGAAAGAUCCGGAUCAAGAGAGCCUGAGGAGGCACCUGUCCGCUGCAGCUCCUGCCAUGGUCAGACAGGCCUUCCAGGUGAUGAAGUCCAUCAACACUCUGCAGAAGCAGGCUGAAGGUCUCUGCCAGGUCCUCAACAUGAAGCCCAGCUCCACCUCCCUGCAGAUCAACGGGGAGGUUCUGGGCUCCUCCUGCCAGGCCGGCGCUCCGCCUCCAGCAGGAGGCGCCAUGAGGAGCAGGCGGCCCCUGAAGAGGGCCAUGAGGGAAGCUGCGGUGGCUGAGGGCUACUGGCCCAGAACCACAGAACCAGAAGGCAGCGUGGGAGAAAAUGAAGCGGAGGAACGCUUCCUGUCCUGAAGGCCACAGAACCACAGCCAGCAGGGGGCGCUGCAGGCAGACUGAACCCAGCAGAGACCUUUAGUUGAUGGACAGGAGGAAGGUUUCUAUGAGCUCCUCUGGUUCCUCCUCGCAGGUUCUGGUUCAGGUCUGCUGGGAUCCUCCUCCUCUGUGGACAGAUCCUCCUCUCCAGGGAUCAGAACAGCUGCAGUCAGAGGAAAGGAGG